AUGGUCACGGAGGACUAUCACAGUGGCCAAGCAGCUGAUUUCCCAUUUCUUUUGAUUGAAGCUAUGGAUGAUAGACCUCAAAAUUUGUUAUCAUCAACCUCGCCUAGCCAGCUGUUAUCAAUUGAUGAGGAACUAUGGCAGAUGGCUGAAGAGAGGGUACAAGAGAUACUAUGGACAAUUGAACCAAAUGUAUUGUCCGAGGUGAACAGGAAGGAUGUUAUUGAUUAUGUUCAGAAGCUGAUUAGAAGUUACUAUGGAGCCGAGGUCUUGCCAUUUGGUUCUGUUCCAUUAAAAACCUAUCUUCCAGAUGGAGAUAUUGACUUGACUGCUCUCACUCAUGAAGAUGCAGAGGAGGAUUUGGCACAAUCAGUUUUGAAUGUACUUCAAAGUGCAGAUGACCCUGAAUACCAAGUAAAAGACAUACAAGAUAUACGGGCACAGGUCCGUCUUUUGAAAUGCACAGUGAAAAAUAUAGCAGUUGACAUCUCCUUCAAUCAGAUGGCUGGACUUUAUACUCUACGCUUCUUGGAGCAGGUUGACCAACUUGUUGGAAAGAACCAUAUUUUCAAGCGCAGUAUUAUCUUAAUCAAAGCUUGGUGCUACUAUGAGAGUCGACUUCUUGGUGGACACCAUGGCCUGUUGUCGACAUAUGCGAUAGAAAUAUUAGUCUUGUAUAUUAUCAAUCGUUUUCAUUCAUCUGUGCGAGGUCCUCUAGAGGUGCUAUACAUAUUUUUGGACUACUAUGGUUCAUUUGACUGGGACCAUAAUUAUGUUAGUAUAUGGGGUCCAAAAGCCUUAUCCUCCCUUCCAAGAAUUGCUGAGACACCAGAAUGUGAUCAGGGUGAAUUCUUGCUCCAGAAAGAGUUUCUCAGAAAUUACAGGAAUAUGUGCGCUUUUCCAGCAAAGGCAUCUGAGCCGACAACCCAUGAAUUUCCCGUCAAGUUUAUGAACAUCUUGGAUCCGCUUAGAAAUGACAACAACCUAGGCCGUAGUGUAAACAUAGCCAGUUUACAUCGACUAAGAUUUGCUCUCUCCUAUGGUGCUCGAAGACUUAAGCAGAUCCUCACACUUCCAGGAGAAAACAUGGGUGCAGCACUAGAAAAGUUUUUCUUCAGCACUUUGGACCGGAAUGGGAAAGGAGAAAGGGCGGAUGUUGACAUUCCGGUUUCUCCAUUUGGUACUGGAAGAUCUGAAGAGUGUGUUCUCCGUGGAGAUUGUGAAAGUUACUAUGGUGGCUUACAAUAUAUUCAGCUGUAUCAUAACUAUGCCAUGCCAGUAGCUGUACAUUCCGGUUCUCCAUCAUCGCCUUCUCAGGACGAAAUUCUUGGACUGUCAAGGCCGCAAAACUGGAGUAUGUUUUACCAAGGUGGUACCGAUGUAUACAUCCCGGGACAGACACUUCUUCAUCCAACUUAUAGCCUUGAAGAAGGAGGAAAAUCACGGGGAACAGGCACAUACAUCCCUGACUUGAACUAUAAUUCCUACUGGGAUAUACGUGCAAGGGCAAACAGGCCAAGGAGAUAUGUUUCUACAAAGCUCAAUACAUUGCCCAAAUCACCUCCGAAAAAGCAACAAGUGGAGGAGGUUCAAUAUGAGGCAGACAUGAAUAAUGGUAAUAAUUCAGAUUCAAGGCUUUUUGAUCUCUCAAACGAAGAUUUCCCCCUUCUUUCAUGCAAUUGCAAGGCUACACAGUCAACACAAGGGCAAGGCUAUACUCCAUUAGCUAAGAUUCAUUCUGGGACAGACAUUUAUGGUAAUACGAGGAUGACUGAGCCUUCAAAUGAAGAUUUCUCCCUUCCAUUAGUAAAGGUUCGUUCUGAUACUGACAUGGAUGGAAGUACUCCACAGUUGUUUGAACUCUUUAAAGAAGAUUUCCCCCUUCUUCCCAAGGUUUGUUCUGAGACACGCAUGAAUGGUAGUUCAACGUUGGUUGAGCUCUCAACGAAAGACUUCCCCAUUCUUCAAAGGCCAGAGUCUGCUCAGUUAACUAAGCAAGCCAAGAGUUCCCCAUCCCUUAAAGAAUCUAAAUGGAACAGUAUUGAGUUUGGAACUUUGAAGAAACCUCAAUCACUGACAGAACCAAGUUUGAUGACAAGGGAUAAGAAAGAAAAGGGUGUUUCAUUAUCUCAAAAACCUGUAGUUGUAGUUCCGAAGGUGACAAAGGAAAGUAAAGAGGAAUAUGCCGAAAGCAAUGAGAAAAAGGAUUGA